AUGAAGAUGGCAAGUGAUGAACGCAAGGCAAUACAGUCGGAAUUGCGUCAAAUUGACAUCUACAGGGAGACGGCUGUUAGGUAUUUAGGAUACGCGAAUGAGAUCGGAGAAGCUUUUCGUUCAAUGUUACCGUUGGCUGCGGUGAGGGCUACAUAUGUAGUAUCGUUCGGAUAUGCUUGUGCAGAUGCUCUGGAUAAGAGUAGCAGAGUGUUUAAAAUGUAUAGAAACAAUCCUGAAAAACGAAGCCGUAAAGUGAGUGUUGCUGCCGUGGACACCUUUAUCUGGCAGUCUUUAGCCUCUGUUAUCAUUCCUGGCUUCACCAUCAACCGAUUUUGUCAUUUCUCCGGAUUUUUGAUUAAUAGAGUAAGCCGAUGGCCAACAUUUGUGAGGAAGUGGAUAGUAACAGCGGCGGGUUUGUGCACGAUACCAGUCAUCAUCCAUCCCAUCGAUUCAGCGGUUGAGAUCGGUAUGAAUGAAACUUUGCGUCGUUUCUACAAGUACGAGCACUGUUGA